CUUUUUCUACCGCCGCGACUCAACCUUCGUUCUCUCUUCACCCUCCUCGCCCUCUUCCUUGUUGUGCUUAUAUCCGCCAAGAGACGACGACCUCACGUCCUAGCCAGCCGUGAGUAUCUCUCUUGCCGCGCUGAAAAGGCUUUUCAACUAAUUGUAGCGGAGUUUCUCAUACGUCCCGUCGUGAUUUAGGACACAAUGGCCCCAAAGUUCGAUCCGAAUGAGGUGAAGGUCAUCCACCUCCGCGCCACCGGUGGUGAAAUCGGCGCUUCCUCAGCGCUUGCCCCAAAGAUCGGUCCCCUCGGUCUGUCGCCCAAGAAGGUCGGUGAAGAUAUCGCCAAGGCCACCGGUGACUGGAAGGGCCUCCGCGUUACCGUCAAGCUCACCAUCCAAAACCGUCAAGCCCAGGUCUCUGUCGUCCCAUCGGCCUCCUCGCUCGUCAUCAAGGCUCUCAAGGAGCCUCCCCGGGACCGCAAGAAGGAGAAGAACAUCAAGCACACCAAGUCGAUUCCUCUUGAUGAGAUUAUCAACAUUGCCCGAACCAUGCGCUUCAAGUCCAUGGCCAAGGAUCUAAAGGGCACUGUCAAGGAGAUCCUCGGAACCGCGUUUUCAGUUGGCUGCCAGGUUGAUGGCAAGAGUCCCAAGGCUAUCUCGGACGCCAUUGAUGAGGGCGAGAUUGAGAUUCCGGAAGAGUAAAAGAUUUCAAAACUGAGCCUAUGACACGGGACGGCGCUUUAUGAUUUUGAUGAACUUUACACUACUGUGCAUGCGGGGUGCUCUUCAAAAAUAUUACGGAUCCGUGACCACUUGGCUGUGGUUGUCUCCUAGAGCCUUGAUAAAGGUGAUUCAAGCAAACAGCAGGGGAAAAGCAAAGAUAAUUUCAUGCCUGUUGGCCCUUCCCAAUCAUGUGCCGCAGUUUCACCUACUUUGAUUCCGCGCGCUAUGCCACGCAUGGUCCGCCUGAAUCUUUUCCAAA